AUGGAUAGUGCAAACAAUUCAACUGCGGGACCCGCAACCGUAUUGAACCCAAUUUGGACUGCUCUUUUGGGUAUUGCAGUGGUUGUGAGUUUGUACGAAAUAUGGCUAAGGAAUACCAGGAAAUAUAAAUUAACGGCAAAUAUGCCAAACCCACCUAUGCUGCCACUCAUCGGAAAUGGCCAUUUGGUGGCCCAUUUGACAAAUGCCGAAAUCCUUGCCCGUGGCAUUGGCUAUAUGCAAACCUAUGGUGGUGCUAUGCGUGGCUUUUUGGGUCCCAUGUUGGUUGUAUUCCUCUGGAACGCUCCUGAUAUUGAAUUGAUUCUCAGUACCCACACCCAUUUGGAGAAGUCAAUUGAAUAUCGUUUCUUCAAACCCUGGUUCGGUGAUGGUCUACUCAUUUCGAAUGGUCACCAUUGGCAACAUCAUCGCAAAAUGAUUGCUCCAACAUUCCAUCAAAGCAUUUUGAAGAGUUUCGUGCCAGCCUUUGUACAGCAUUCCAAGAAGGUGGUGGAACGUAUGGCCAAGGAAUUGGGCAAGGAAUUCGAUGUCCAUGACUAUAUGUCACAGACCACUGUGGAAAUUUUGCUCUCCACUGCCAUGGGUGUUAAGAAGGUGCCCGAGGACAACAAGAGUUUGGAAUAUGCCAAGGCUGUGGUGGAUAUGUGUGACAUCAUCCACAAGCGUCAAUUGAAAUUCUUCUAUCGCAUGGAUGCCCUCUACAAUUUGAGCAGCAUGAGCGAGAAGGGCAAGAAGAUGAUGGACAUUAUUUUGGGUAUGACCCGUAAAGUGGUGACGGAACGUCAACAGAAUUUCAAUGCCGAAUCGCGUGCCAUUGUCGAGGAGGAUGAUGAAAUAAGCAAGCAGAAGCAACAGGCCAAGAAGAAGGAGGGUUUGCGUGAUGAUUUGGAUGACAUUGAUGAAAAUGAUGUGGGUGCCAAGAAACGUUUGGCUCUGCUAGAUGCCAUGAUGGCCAUGUCCAAGAACCCCGAUGUUGAGUGGACCGACAAGGAUGUCAUGGAUGAAGUCAACACCAUUAUGUUUGAGGGCCAUGAUACCACCUCAGCUGGUUCCAGUUUUGUCCUCUGCAUGUUGGGCAUCUACAAGGAUAUCCAAGAGAAGGUCUUGGCCGAACAAAAGGCCAUCUUUGGUGACAACUUCCUGCGCGACUGUACCUUUGCCGAUACCAUGGAAAUGAAAUAUUUGGAACGUGUGAUUAUGGAAACUUUGCGUUUGUAUCCACCAGUACCCCUUAUUGCCCGUCGUGCUGAGUUCGAUGUAAAAUUGGCUUCCGGCCCCUACACAAUUCCCAAGGGCACAACCGUGGUGAUUGCCCAAUUUGCCGUGCAUCGCAAUCCCCAAUACUUCCCCAAUCCCGAGAAAUUCGAUCCUGACAAUUUCCUACCCGAACGUAUGGCCAAUCGUCAUUACUACAGUUUCAUUCCCUUCAGUGCCGGCCCCAGAAGUUGUGUCGGUCGCAAAUAUGCCAUGCUGAAAUUGAAGGUCCUGCUCUCGACCAUUAUUCGUAACUAUUCAGUGCAGAGCAACCAACAGGAGAAGGACUUUAAGUUGCAGGCCGAUAUUAUCCUAAAGAUUGAAAAUGGUUUCAACAUCAUGUUGAACCGACGACCCGAAGCCAUGAAAGCUAUGUAA